UUAAGAGAAAAAAAGGAAGGAAAAUGGAGGAAAAAAAGCCGCAAUGAGGAAAAGGAAUAAGAUCAAAAUUGGAAGCAGAAGAAUUUCUGCUAUUGCCUCUCUCAGUAAAAGGAACAAAAUCUGAGAUCAGAGGAAAAUCUAGCAAGAAAAUGGCAGCUAAGCAAAUGGAAGAGAUACAGAGAAAACUAGCGAUGCUGAAUUAUCCUCGAGCCAAUGCUCCUGCUCAGUCUCUCCUAUUCGCCGGCAUGGAGCGUUACGCUCUCCUCGAAUGGCUCUUCUUCAAACUAUUAGGGGAUAAAUCACCCUUCUCACAGCAAAAUUUACAAGGAGAUGCUAUGGAUCGUGAUGAAGAGACUGCUCGGAUUCAAUUACUUGCAUUCAAGACUGAAGAGAAGAAGCAGCAAACAUUUUUCGUUGAUCAGUUGGAGAACCACAAGUUCUCCAGUGGCUUCAGUGGAAGUAUGUAUAAUGUGUUCCUAUCAUUUAUGGGAAUUGGGAUAUGGUCGACCUCCUCACAACUGUGUCAACGUUAUUUGGCAGAGAUUGCUAAGUUUCUUGGUAUCACUACAACUAUAGACACAGAAGCUAUCCAAGGGCGAGGAAGCUAUGAGGAUCGAACUGAAAUGCUUCGGCUAAUAGUAGAUCUUGUAGAGGCAAGCAUCUAUGCUGACAAUCCAGAUUGGAGUGUUGAUGAGCAGGUGGCAAAGGACAUACAACUAAUAGAUUCUAUUGCAGAAAAACAGGCUCUAAUUUUCUCAGAGGAAUGCAAGUUGUUCCCUGCAGAUGUGCAGAUUCAAUCUAUAUAUCCAUUGCCUGAUGUGUCUGAGCUGGAAACAAAACUUUCAGAGCAAUCAAAGAUACUCUCGAAUCUUCAACAGAAAGUUGAUGAUUUGGCAUCAAAGCAUGCUUACAAUCCAGAAGAGGAUUAUACAGAGGUGGAAUCCCAACUGCGGACCCAUUUGGAAUCUUUUCUAGAAACUGCAAGACAAUUCAAUGUGAUUUACACCAAGGAAAUUCGCCCAUGGACGCACAUGAUGGAGGUGCCACAACUUCAUGGCUUUGGGCCGGCUGCUAAUCGCUUGUUGGAGGCAUACAAGAUGCUUUUGAAGUUUCUGGGGAACUUGAGGAAUCUCAGAGAUUCACAUGCAGCUCUAUCUGUUGGAUCAUCUGAAACAAUUGCGGGUGAACCCUCUUCAGUUUCAAGAAUAAUUUCAGAGUGUGAGUCUGCAUUGACUUUCUUAAAUCGCGAUCUUGGAAUCCUGUCAGCUUCAAUUGCACGUGAGCAAGGUAAUGAUGCGACUUUGUGAUGAAUGCAGUGCAAGAUAGACGCUUGCCAACAUGAUCUCUUGACUUUUUAACAUGGAUACGUUUUGGUACUGGAAUGGAUUUAUUUUUAUGUUAUAUAAAGUUUGAUUGAAUUGAAUGUCACUGUAAAAACUAUUCUUUGAGUGGAGUUAUCACU